CUGGGCAGAGGGCAGCAGAGUGGACACCAGUGAGGAGCUGAAGAGUAACUGACCUGCAGACUGAAAGCUGAGGAGAAAGGGCACAGUCAAGGAGGUUUUAGGCUGGAGUUAUGAGGGUGGGAGCUGUGACCUUGGCUGGGGGGAUAUUUGGGGUAGUAGGGACUCUGUGUUUCUUCCUUGCCUUUGCUACAGACUACUGGCUGGUGGCCAGUGACGACUGCGGACCGUAUACAUGGCCGACAAAAACAACCCUGACAAAAGAUGACAAUGGGACUGAGAUCCAGUUAGUGGAAGCCGUCACUGCCUCUCCUCCACCUCUCACUCUGCACCACGAGGGCUUCUUCUGGCGAUGUGUGUUUCAGGUGGAGCCCACAGCACAUGCAGUCCUGGCCACUCUCUUCACAAACCAGCCAAAAUCCAAAGUCUGUAUCCAUGGUUACCUCUUCCCUUUGCCUGUCGCACUUGGACAGGUGCCUCAUCCAAGUUAUGAUACUGCAGCAGUGUUUCGGGGUUUCUGGACCGUGCUGUUAAUCCUUGGCCUGGUCGCAGCUCUAACUGGAGGCUUCCUCUUGGUCUGUGGUGUCCCCUGCAUCAGCCACACACUGUACAAGCUGGGCGGUGCUUUCCUCAUAAUUGCUGCCUGCUUGAUCCUGUUCAUGCUGCUGCUCUUCGUGCUGUGGAUGGAGGCGAUGGAGGUGAAGCGCUACGUCAUGCAGGAGAGAGGAGAGACGUGUCCACUUGCUCAGGUUUCAGUGCUCUACGGGCUGUCUUUCAUGGUGGCGGCUGCAGGCGUGCCUCUGGAGCUCAUCUCUGGAAUGAUCUUCAUGCUGGUGGGCCGCGCGUUGCGUGCCAGCAAGUGAACUCGCCGUCUGGUCUGUGGGGAAGAAAGGACUGACCUUUAACUGUCCUGCACUGGGACUCACUGGCAGACUUGUGGGAUGUAGAUACUGGCUGGAAAGACAUGAUCAAUAUUACAGCACCACCAUUUGGAUGUCAAGUAUAGCAGUCAGAGACACUCAUCUUUGGUUUUCUAUAACUUGCUUUGCUUUAUUUAUAUAUAUUAAAAAAACUCUAAUUGCUUUAGAAUGAUAAUACCAUAAUUAAAGAGCACAAGUUAUGGGAUUAAUGAGGUGUGAUAUUGAUAUCAUAGUGCUGUUAAAGGAAUACUUCACCCCCCAAAUGACCAUUUUUAUGUCAGUUAGGCCUUGAUCACAGAGAAAGUGUUUUGCAGGUUGCAAAAUGUGAGGUGCACUACACUGCCUUUUUUUAUACAACUGAAUGCCACUAGUAAACAAAUUGCUUGCUUCACCUUUUAUUGUUGCCAGGCAACCACCUCAUCACGUCCUUACACUAACCUUCCCGUGUAAUCAAUCUGCUGUUUUUGUUUUGUUUCUUUCACAGUAAUUAGUAUCUAGUUCCUAAAAUGUUGAGGCAGAGGGUACUUGCUGUAGCUCUGGUUGAGGGUGAGAGGCUGUCAGCAAAUAGUUUGUUGGGCACAGGGAAACGGAGAUCUGUGUGGGUACAUGAGACCCUGAAAAAGAGGGUGGAUCAUGGGGAGUACCACAGGUUGGUCCAGGAGCUUCAUCUCAAUGAUGGCCGUUUCCAGGCUUGUUUUAGGAUGACCUGGGGGCAGUAAUUGGGCCGUAUAGCUCUGGGUAUCCAGCAACUGCUGCCACCAUUUUCUCCUCCAUUGUUUACCAACUGUAAACUUGUUGUCAUGACCACCACAGAAGGCCCGCCUCUCAAAUCAUCCGAUUGGACAAUGGGGAAAAAGUAUGGAAAAAGAGAUCACAUGGGGCGCUGUUCCACUCUGAGGUGAAGUUUUUCAGUUUGAGGAGUUCAGAGCAUUUCAGGAGCCUAGAGUGCAGAAACACGGGGAGCGUCGCAAGCAAAAAGCUUAAUUCUCAUCUCAACCCUUUCCUGUGUGUUCGGGGCCUUACUCAGCCUGUGUUACGCUGAAUUUGUGAAGAAAUUGUUUUUUUCUGCCAGCCUAUGGUGAACAAAGAAUCAAAACGGAGAAAAUUCUUGAAGAAUUGGAGUAAAAAAGGUCUGCAUUGAACAAUUAGCUAUUACUAUUCAAAACAUCUACAUAUAAUCCAAGACUAUUAACCAGCUGUAGGCUCAGUACUUACCAAACAGACAACCAUUUUCAAUGAGGAACUGAACUAAAAGUGGAACUUACCUAUGCUCACUUCACAGCCAGUCCAUUGGCAAAAACAAUAAUUUUACCUCUCUAAACAUGGGAGCUGCUGGUGCCUCAAUUUGUAGUUUCUUUAUGUUAUUGUGUAACUUUGCUGAAUCCAAACUAGUCUGAGUGGGCAGAAGUUCGCUGCAUAGAUCAGCCUCUCAUUGGGUGGAACGAGCCACCCGCUGAAGUCCUGCCCUACCAGCUCCGGUUGUGUAGCAGUUUUCAACACGUCCUUUACUAACUUUUGCGGUGUUUGAUCUUGCGGGGAUGUAGCCAUUUUUCUGCCAUGGUUCGCGUCCUGUAGGCAAUAUUUACGUGUUACACCAAAACCUGUUUCCCCCCGG